AACAUUGCCAGACCGCUCAGUCGUAUAUGCGACCAGUCAAAGUGUGAUUGGUCGGUGAAACCUGUUUUUUAUUUUUUUUUAUUUCACCACAACACAACACACAACACGAGAGCAGCAGAUAGUCAGACCCGUAGCACUUUCAGUUCAGAUCCCCCUCCCCCCAUUUUUAUUUGUCAGCACAAGUGUGCCACUAAAUUAAGGAUUUCUCAUCGCAAUGUCCGACCCUGGUGGAUUCGAUCCGUGUGAAUGCAUGUGGAAUCAUGAACUGGCGAUGCGACGUCUGAUUUCAUUGCUCAGGUCAUCACAGUCAUACUGCACAGAUAAUGAAUGCAUUUCGGAUCUUCCUGGAUUACAAGGACAGGCUCAGAAUGACACAAUGCCCUUUUUAGUGUUUUGUUGGAUUGUUCUGGCUAUGGCAUUGUUUUUUCUACGACCAAGCUCAGCCACACGUCAAAGUGACGUAAAACCAAGUGAUAAUCAGGGACCUGGACCACAGCCUCCUAAUCCACCUCCAGCUGUGAAUUAGAUUUUAUUACAAUUCUAUAAUCUAUAUACACUAUAUUGGAUCCCUAUCUUUGUGGAAAAUGUGAACGGAUGUAUUAUUUUCUAAGAGUUUCAUUCCAGUUCAUGGGUAUAAUUCUUUUCUUCAAUCAUUUAUAAAAGAUUUCUUUUCAAAAUAUUUUCUUGUUCAGUUAUACCUUACAUUAUUUCAGUCUUCAAAAUUAGGUGUUAUGAUUUUGGGGAAUUUGUUUUACUUUUGACUGAUUAAUACAGUAUGAAUAUUAAGGGAAAACAUGUAUACAGAUUUGCUUAUAUAACCCAAUAAAAGUAAAAUAUUGUCGA